AUGCUCAACAUUCCCGGCAAUGACAUCAGCCUGGGUGAGUCGUACUUUGAGUACCUGGGCCCGGGCACGCCGGAGAACGCCGGUCUGCACCGAUAUGUGAUCAGCGUUUUCAAGCAGAACUCGGUGCUGACGCUGGAGCACCCCCCGCAGAGCAGAGAAGGUCGACUGAAGUUCAGCACCGUCGACUUUGCCGAAAAGCAUAAUCUAGAGCUAGUGGCGGCCAACUUCUUCACCUCACAGUUUGACCAGACCAUCCGAGCGCAGAAAGCCUCCAAGCUGGCCAUGGCCAUAAAGGUGGACGGCAUUGUGCCGGACGUCAUUGACCAUCCUCCGGCCAGCAUUGCCGAUGUCAAAUUCGCCUCCGGCGUGUCGAUGAACCUGGGCAGCGAGCUGACGCCCACGCAGGUCAAGGACCAGCCGAACGACAUUGAGAAGGGCGACGUCUACUCGGAGUACAUCGGCAGCGGACCAAAGGAGGACUCCGGAGUGCACCGCUACGUCCUGCUUGUCUUCAAACAACCGAAAGGCCGCCUGGAGUUGGAUCGACCGAAAGCGAGCAACCGAAGCUCGGAGGGGCGUUACGCCUUCAAGACACGUCACCUCGUUGAUGAGUACAAGCUGGGCACGCCGGUGGCAGCCAACUUUUUCACUGCAAAGUACGACGACUACGUGCCCAUCCUUCACCAGCAGUUGACGGGCUGA